AUGGAUGGUAUUCAUUUAAUUAAUACUAUGAAAAAUGACUUUAUUAACUAUAGAAAUUCCAUUGAUUCUUUCCAUGAUGCCUGGUAUGCUGAGGCAUUGGAUUUAGCUGAAAGAGUUAACAUAGAAGAGAGUAAACCACGGACAGUAGGGAGACAAACAACUCGAUCCAAUCCUCCAUAUAAGUCAAUCUCAGCAUAUUAUAAGCGUACCAUAAGUAUUCCUUUAGUUGACCAUAUUAAUUCUGCUUUACAACACAGGUUUGACACUGAUAGUGUUAACGUUUAUAAAGGAUUAAGCAUUGUACCGACAAAGAUGAUGUCUUUAAAAGAGAAUGGGAAAGACUGGCGGGAUGAAUUCAAAGUUGUUGCCAAUUUUUAUAUUGACGACUUGCCUUAUCCGUUAGCUCUAGAUCCUGAGAUGUCAUUGUGGACGACUUAUUGGGAGACCCACGAAGAACUUUUUCCUGACAACAUUCCCACAACUCUAAAAGCUGUCAGUUUUGAUGGUUUUGAAAAUAUCAAAGUUAUUCUAC